AUGGGGUUGCUCAGCAACGAUGAAAAAGCCCCAGACUAUGCUCCUGGAGUCAGUGUAAGAAUGCACCUAGGGGCAGGAGACUAUGGGUUCAGGAGGUCGAAAGGAGUAAAUGAAAAGGCAGAGGGCAGGAAACCAGGGCACGGCCCAUACCAUCACCUGGGACGAUUUGCAUUUGAGAGGGGCUUGUCAGAAAAUUAUUACUUCCCAACAGGUGCCCUGGGCCUGAGGCAGUGCAGGACUACUAUAAAAGGCAGCCCAGCUCUCUGCUCUCUCAUCCACUUCUCUUGCCUCCUUCUCCUUGGGAAUCAGGUGAACCUCUCUCCCAGAGUCAUGUCCUGCUACAACCAGUGCCUGUCCUGCUGCCAGCCCUGUGGCCCAACCCCUCUGGCCAGCAGCUGCAAUGAGCCCUGUUGCAGGCAGUGCCAGAACUCCAUCGUUGUCAUUGAGCCCUCCCCCGUGGUGGUGACCCUGCCCGGACCCAUCCUCAGCUCCUUCCCACAGAACACCGUCGUGGGCUCCUCUACCUCUGCUGCUGUUGGCAGCAUCCUCAGCUCAAGUGGAGUGCCCAUCAACUCCGGAGGUGUGGACCUCUCCUGCAUUACCAGCCGCUACUGUGGCAGAAGAUGCCCCCCUUGCUAA